UGUAAAUGCAUCUGCAAAGGUCGGUAUCUGAACUUGCAGGCGACCGAGGGGGCAAUGCAACAUAAACGGCCUCCGCGGCAUCCUGACAGAAUGGUUGCCUUAAUAUUUGCGGCUUCAAUGUUAUGAAUGUCCCUCGCUCCCUCUUGCGAAUCGCCAGAAACCUACUUCACACAUGGGACAUAUCACCUUACCUUUGCGUUACUCGUUUAAACCAUAUUGACAACCAUGGCUGGAACUGCUCUUUACACUUACAAUCCGAUUCAGCCCAACCAGAUCCGGCUGGUCAAAUUUGUUCAAGAUGGCGACCACAUAUGCGCGGUUCUCGAAACCUUCUCGUUUGAAGAGCCGCUCCCUGUGUACCGUUCCAUCUCCUACACCUGGGCUUCCGACGGAGGCCGCCCUCAGAAAAACUUCAAGAUUGAAAUAGACAAACGGCAACUCCCAGUGUUGAACACGCUCCAGCCCUUUUUCCAGGCCCUAAGAUCCAGGAACAUGCUGUUUGACGGCAAAUGGUGGUGGAUAGACUCAAUCUGCAUCGACCAGGCGAAUCUCGAAGAGAGGGCCCAGCAAGUGGGACACAUGGACGUGAUUUACCGCCAGGCGGAAUCUGUCAUUGCCUGGUUGGGAGAAGCCUCGAGCGACAGCGAACUUGCGAUAGACUUCAUCAAGCUUCUCGACAAAACGAGCCGACGCAAACUCAGUGUUGCGGAACUCCGCGCCACGCUACAGCAAGACCACUAUCGCACCCACUGGAAAGCUUUGACCAAUUUUCUCUCACGGAGGUGGUGGUCCAGGAUCUGGAGCGUGCAGGAAUUUGUGCUGGCCCCGAGCGUGACAUUCUGGUGCGGCAUGCGCAACGUCAGCAGGGUCGCCGUAUGCCGCAGCAUUGGUAUAGCCGACAAAUGCACUUCGACCGGCAUCAAAGAGACUCUUGCAUUCACGCACGCCAACAACCGGAGAAGAGCAUGGGGUUUAUACAAGGCCAGCAGAAAACCAGGAGCCAGCCUUAGCUUUUCUCUUCUUGCCCUGGCCGCCUACUUCUGUUGCAUGGACGCUUCGGAUGAUCGGGAUCGACUCUACGGCGUUAUGGCGCUCGCGACUGAUCGGUCCAUGCUGGAGAUUGAUUACUCGCUCAGAACAGAGGAGGUCUAUACGCGAUUCACCCGAUCUUUCAUCACGCACUACAAGUCUCUAGAUAUCAUCUGUUUUGCUUCAACAUACACACCGCCAUCAGGAUCCAUACGGCCAUCCUGGGUGCCUGACUGGCAAAAGCGAAAUCCCGUGGUAAUUCCCUCCAUGACGAGUCAAAGUUCCAAGAGCCACGUUGGCAAUCUUCGCAGUCCUAGACAUCUUGACAUUGACCCUUCGGUUUACUAUUCGGCGUGUAAGAACAAAGAGGCUGUGUAUGCUUUUGAGGGUUCGGCACUACAAGUUCGAGGCGUUGUUGUUGAUACAAUCGAUGGCCUCGCCGGAUCCAGGCAGUUCGAAAUGGUCCAAAGCUCCGAAUGGAAUUCGACGCAAUCCUCAUGUUGCUCUAGUUUCCCAUGCUCGACGACAGCUAUUCUAGAGAGUGUGUGUCGAAGUUUAACAUUCGACCGAUUCGAUAGGUUCUUGCGAUAUCCGAUGCCCACCGCGGACUUCUUCCGGGAUUUUAUUCGGCUCCUGAACCGCAUCAUAACCGCAUCCAAGGAGUCCGUUCCCAGAGAAUUGUUAUAUUGGUUUCAGUGCACUAGAUCCCUCCAGAUCCACGGCCGCAGCUUCGAGGAUAUCUUACAUGACAGCUUCCAGGCCGACGACAACUCCUCAGGCCCCGCUCCUAACGUAGAUGAGUCCCAGCAUAAGACAUUCUUUGGUCGGUUUUUUGACACGGUCGUUCGAUUGUCGUUCCGCCUGAUGGUCAGCCGCUCCGGCCGUAUCGGUAUGGUUGUGGAGAAGGCGAUAAAGGGAGAUUUGGUGUGUGUGCUCUAUGGCUGCAGCAUUCCGGUCGUGCUGCGAAAAUCUUCCGAUGGAGGCAGUUAUACGCUGAUCGGAGAGUGUUACUUCGAUGGAUGUAUGGACGGAUCUCUCUUGGAUCAGGUUGGCCUUGAGGAAAGCACCUUUGUAUUACUGUAGUGGAAUUUCGUUCGUUUCCUCUUUCUGAAGAUGUUCUUCCCUCACGCAACAUUCGCUUCCUCUGGC